UGGAGACAAUGGCGUGGAGGCUGUGCCCGAUCUCCCGCUUACGGCGCCGACUCAGGAACUCAUCAAAUUCCCAACGAGGGAGACGAAGAGGGAGAAUCCCAGGAAAUUCUCCCUGCAUCGCUGCCUCCGUAUUUUAGUUUGUCACCUCACAAAACAAGCUAGAUGGACGUCAAGAAAGAAUUCCAUGGACCGCGGUCGGAACGGUUCCAAACCCUUCCGCCGGUGACUGGCGCUAUAGGACCUGGAGAAUAUGAGAGCACAGCGUUAACAACAGCCAUUCUGGCCAAACCGACGUCGAAUGUUGGCGUAUACAUCCGGCAAGGGGUUCGGUUUCCCGAUGUCAAACAGCAGGCACCGCCAUUAGGCCACUACGAACACAAAUCCUUCAUAGAGGAUCUGAAGAAGACGAAAGGGAGUGUGCGGCCGUUACUUGAUAGCGGUGGUGCGAAGAGCGGCCUGGAGGCAACUUUGAGAGGAUCGAACGGGUUCAUACCGGGUCCUGGAACAUACGAUAUCAACUAUGCGAUAGGACGACAUGUGGCGAACGACGAUCGGUUCUCUUUGCACAAAUCCGCGCGGUUACAAUGGCGUGAUCAAAAGAACCGGGGACAACUCGCUGAACUGCGGAAGCUCCUCGUGUCUGACGAUAUUUUCACCGAUAAGCGAGCGUGCCGCCGAAUGGCAUAUUUGGCGCUGUACUUCCCCUCCUAGGUUUUCUUAAGUUCUUGAUGUAGAUCGAUAGGGCAUUGCGAUUCGCGGGCCUCGUGUAGGACUAAGAGUUUUAGGAAUAGGUGCAAUUUAGGAUAUUCGUUGGAAGAUUAGCAAGUACAAUACACAUAGAGCUGUGGAACGCGAGUUCUUCGCCUUGUCAAACGAGCGGCCAUCGCUUCCUCGCUUCGAGGCUCGCGAAAGCU